UCACAACCUGCCGGCUUUUCCCUGGUGUUUGGCUGGUCCUGCGGGAAGUGGGGGAGGGAUCGUUUGGAGCGACUGAUGGGACCUUGACCAACCAGCCAUCCAACACACGUAUUCAUUAUUUCUACAUGUGUCUCCAUCCCACCUGAACAGGAAUGGGAACCGAGGUGCAUUGAUUUGCCUGGACAUCAUGCUGGAGCCCUGUCGAGACCCUCGUGGCGAUUUGGUCGUCGCCCCGGUCGCCGUCCCCCGCGACGUGGGGCUCAUUGGGGUGACCGCAGGGCUUCUUGACGUGUUGGUCGAUCGACGACGGGCCUCGGCGCGAACUGCAUUCAUACAUGGACACAACCAAUCGUUGAGUUGCUGCAUGCUUCGUUGGUUGGUUGGCGUAAUUACGUCUUUCAGCUCUCCAGUGGCUGGUGGCGUCAAAUCCCUCUGGAAGGGCUAUCAGCGCCUGGACCAAUAGAAUCAGCACAGGAGGAUGGUGGCUGUGAUGAGUUUGCGUGUGUAGGCACGCGUGCUCACCCUGCCACCCCUCCGAGAAGGGGUCACAUCUCUGACACAUGACAGAGACACAAGAGAUAGAGUGGGCCACAACCCGUCCCUCCAUCCCUUUGUUCCUUACUGUCCGGUCGGGCUUAACAGCCCCUCGGAGUCACAAUGCGCCGCAGUCGCCGAUAUGGACACCUGUCGCCUCCUGUCGGCCUUACCCGCACUCCCACGGGAGCUGGCACUGCCCUCACCAGACGACUCGCCCUCUGCAUCUCGCAGGAGAGAGGCUGGCGGUUCGGACAGAGACAGUGGCGCCCGUGGUGGCCCCACUGGAGGGGGCAGAUUCUCAGGGGCUGACGGCCUAUGACGGCAGCCACCUUGCUGGGUUGGCGGAGGGGCGUUGGCGGGCUGAUGCUGGCUGCUCGUGGGUGGCAAGACGGUCUUCUCAAGUGGUGAUGGGACGGCUUUAGGCUCUGAUGAGAGAGUGCCCAAUGUUGUAGCGCCAACGGACGCUGGCGACCCGCUGUCUUCCCCAAUGGAGCCGGGGAGGAGGAGUGGGCGUGCCUCGGGGCUGGCAUCAUCGACGCCGCCAUCCUGAAUCAAACCAAGACAUACACUGGGAUGGGUUGUUGUGUCGUGUCCCAUCCCACCUCAGCUAAGUUGAAUCUGAAUCCCCUCAU